GACCACUUCCCGGAAGCGAGGCAGAUUCGCGAAACUUGGCCUCGAUUGAGGCCGAGGGGAGUUCGCCAAAUCAUGGCCAAGUCCGGAAUGGGGCAGGAUCCCGAGAGUCCAGCAGCAGUCAAGGUGUUAAAGCGGGCAGUGGAACUAGAUUCGGAGUCCCGGUAUCCGCAGGCCCUGGUGUGUUACCAAGAGGGGAUUGAUCUGCUCCUGCAGGUUAUGAAAGGCACCAAUGAUCAUACUAAGAGAUGUAAUCUCAGAGAAAAAAUAACCCGCUACAUGGAAAGAGCAGAAAACAUAAAGAAAUACUUGGAUCAAGAAAAAGAAGAUGGAAAAUAUCACAAACAAAUUAAAAUAGAAGAGAAUGCAACAGGCUUCAGUUAUGAGUCACUUUUUCAAGAAUAUCUUAAUGAGACAGUUACAGAAGUUUGGAUAGAAGAUCCUUAUAUUAGACAUACUCAUCAGCUGUAUAACUUUCUUCGAUUUUGUGAGAUGCUUAUUAAGAAACCAUGUAAAGUAAAAACUAUUCACCUUCUCACCUCUCUGGAUAAAGGCAUUGAGAGAGAGCAGCAAAAUAGGGGCCUGAAAGAAAUAAAAGAGUCACUCAGGAAUUAUGGAGUGCUGUUGGAAAUAGAAUACUCUUCUUCAAUACAUGACCGAGAAAUUAGGUUCAACAAUGGAUGGAUGAUUAAGAUCGGAAGGGGACUUGAUUAUUUUAAGAAACCACAGGGUCAUUUUUCCCUUGGAUACUGUGAUUUUGAUUUAAGACCAUGUCAUGAAACAACAGUGGAUAUUUUUCAUAACAAGCAUACAAAGAAAAUAUGAUGGGUAGUAAUCUAAUGUAUAUUAUAUAUUUUUACUGUGAAUAUUAGAUACUUUUUGAACAGAUAAUUUUUAUAAUGUGUGACUUUAACAAUAAAUAUAUAUUUCUACU